AGGAGAGGGAGCCGAACGCGCAUUUAAAGCGAUAGCCAUGCUCGCUCUCUCCCCAGUGCUGGGCUGUUGGAGAGCUCGAGCUGCAAGCCACCGAGCGCGAGCUCGAGCGCGGCGCGCUGGCCGGGGAACCCAAGAGCGCACGGCGCCCCAAGAUGGCAGGCGCCGCGGGACCCCCCACCCUCGCCGGCUGCCCUUUCCCGGGCGCCCCUACCCUCCUCGCCCGCAGGAGACCCUGGGCUUCCCCGGAGGAGCUCACCCCAAGGGGCCAGGACUCCGGCGAGCCCGCCACCGUCCCCUCGAGUGCCGCCGCCACCACCGCAGCCGCGGGAGCAGCAUGGUCCAGCUGGGGAAGCUGCUCCGCGCCCUGACUUUGAUGAAGUUUCCCUGCUGCGUGCUGGAGGUGCUUCUGUGCGCGCUGGCGGCGGCGGCGCGCGGCCAGGAGAUGUACGCCCCGCACUCCAUUCGGAUCGAAGGGGACGUCACCCUCGGGGGGCUGUUCCCGGUGCACGCGAAGGGUCCCAGCGGAGUGCCCUGCGGCGACAUCAAGAGGGAGAACGGGAUCCACAGGCUGGAAGCGAUGCUCUACGCCCUGGACCAGAUCAACAGCGAUCCCAACCUGCUGCCCAACGUGAGGCUGGGAGCGCGGAUCCUGGACACUUGUUCCAGGGACACUUAUGCGCUCGAACAGUCGCUCACUUUCGUCCAGGCGCUCAUCCAGAAGGACACCUCCGAAGUGCGCUGCACCAACGGCGAGCCUCCGGUUUUCGUCAAGCCCGAGAAAGUAGUUGGAGUGAUUGGGGCUUCGGGGAGUUCGGUCUCCAUCAUGGUAGCCAACAUCCUGAGGCUUUUCCAGGUAGGGGGGCGCUCCCUCCGGGGCAGAGCGCGCCGUAGCUCCCCGCGCUCUUUAUCCUGAAGGCUGGCUUGGACUCCAGGGGUGCGGGGUCUGGUCAGCCUUCGCUCAUUUCCACCCUGGAGAUCCUGCCGAAUCCCUCCCACCUCACCCGAGGAGGUACUUUCCCUGCUUGAUUCAUUUCCCUUCCAUCUCUCCCCUGUCCGCGCUCCAGUCCAUCCGGCUUGACAUUCUGGAUUUAUGGCCCCAUUGACAAGAAACAGUCUCCGAAAAACAAGGCGAUGAUUUAAAUGGGUUUGCAUUCGAGUGAAAUAUGGUUCCAAAACAGGCUUGUAAAAGUGCCGGGCUCCUGUGAGAGCCACUUAGGCGCAAGGAAUAUGAAAGAUGAGAAGACGCCUAGAAACUAGGCAUUUCUCAACUCCCCAGCUUCCCUGCCCCAAGCCGCCCGACAAGCUGCAGCUCCCUUGGAAAAUUUCGAGAAGAGCUUAGGGAGGCAGUUCUUAAACCGAAGGCUAGGUCUUCACCUACAUUUGGACGUGAAUUGCCCAUUUCGCUCGGGUUGGAUUUCCCGACCUGUAACCUGUCUCUGCGAGGGCAUGGGGCGGAAGGCGUGGGGACUGUCCUCAAGCGGGGAGAAGCCACCCGCAGACGUGCCCCCAGGUGAUUUGCUCUGGGCAGUUGUUUGCACCGUCUAAACUGCCUUUGCGAUCCGGCCACUGGCAGGAGCCGGGCGAUCAGCUUUCUACUCCUGCCAGCUCAGAGCCCGGAGGUGAGCUCAUGCUAACUGCGAAACACAGUCGCUUUGUCUGCACCCACCCUGUGCCCAUCCUUUCCCACGACCUCUCUAACGCAGCCCCCAACCCCAGUCCUGGGUUUUGAGGACGAUUCUCAGAGCCAGACAAGAAGGCGCCUGGAGGGAGGCAGUAGGGUGCGCUGAGCAAGGCCGGGCGGGCGGUCCUCUAGCUCCGGGUGCAGGCGGGCAACGGCGGAAGAAUGCGAGGACGGCGGAAGAUGCGAGGACGGCGGAAGAUGCGAGGACGGCGGAAGAUGCGAGGACGGCGGAUCGGGCCCGCUGAGCGGUGGGCGGUGCUGCAGUGCUCUCUCACCGCCUGCUCCCGCAGCCUCGGCCCCACGGCUCCUGUGCCGCCCUGGGUAUAGAUGGAUGGCUUCUGGAUGAAGAAAUUGAGUUUCAGGGUCUGCGUGACUAUGGGUUCUCUUGUUUCUCUGUCUUUCUUCCUGUGUGUCUCUCUCCUUGUGUCUCUUUCUCCCUGCUUUUUUUCUUUUCUUUUGUCUGUCUGUUUUUAUGUUCUCCCUUUCAAUUUCUGCCUCUCUUUUCCUUCUCUACCCCUAUCUCCAAGUUUUUUGUUCAUCUCUGUCUUGAAGUGAUCCUUUCCUAAUGCACAGCUCUCUCCCUGCCUGGUAGGACCCAAGCUCAGUUAGUCCCUUCUCCAGAUGUUCUGGCUGACCCUUAUGCUCCCCGUAGCUAAAAAGUCGGCUCCCUCUCAAGUGCCUUUCCUGAAGCAUGUUGGGUUUCUGGAGGGGACUCCUUGUGAGAUUCAAGCUGUCACUACAUCAGCACCCAGGGGUAUGAAGUUUGUGUUUGUGCCAGAAGGAGGGGUGCCUGUCUAAAGCUGCAGCCUGGUAUGGCCCCUCUGAGCCUCUGAGCAUCCCUAGCACCUGUUGAGUAUGCCACCUCUAGAUGUUUGCAAGGCCAAAAGUGCUUCUGGGCAGCCUUCACUUUGAGGUAAUGCUUUCAGGAAGAGCCUGGGUUGUUGGAAGCAAAACCCAGAAGCACUUCCUUUACCUCUGAGCUUAAACUAGAGAACCUGAGGAGGCAGCGCUGCAGGGAGGAUGAGGCCAGAGGUCACCUGAGAACCACAGGGGCAACUCACAGUAUUUUUACUGGAGCUCUGGGGGUUGAAGGCACAUUUGCUGUUUGACAUUUUAAAAAUUAUUUUGGUGCCUUCACUUGGAGCUUGGGAGCUUGCAGAUGGGCCUGCCUGUCGAAAAAAGAGUGAAAUCUUAAAGUCAAGAGAGAGCUUGCAGACUAGGUGAAGGAUUGUGUUUGCUGAAAAAGAUUCCAGGGGGAGCUGAUUCCUUCUCUGGUGUGUGGAUCUGAGGCACUUGCAAGAAAAGAGAACGCUUGCCUUAUGCUUAGUUCCCCCGUUCCCUGGGCUGGGAAGGAAAGGAACUGAAUGCCAGCAUUAGCAGUGUGCGUUGGGGCCAAAACCAUUCAGAGAAAACACUGUCAUUUUCCUCUAAUUUGCAAAUUGCAGCUAUUCAUGUUGGAUUGAACAGCUGAGGGAAAAGAGCCCCCAGUUUUCACCUGCAUUUAUUGAGAAGAGGCUGGUAGUAGGAGGGAUGCACCAACUUGUAGCUUGUGCUGCAAGCUGGAUAUAAGCUUGGUGUGAGCAUCCUGGUUAACCACUGCCCAUGUUCAAAUAUACAGAGAUAGAUUCCAACAGUCUCUUCCAGUAGCCUUAUUUUUGCAUGUGAUCGUAGAAGCUCCUGGCAUGUAAGUCCAGUCCCCAGUUUCCCAGCCUCUGUAAACCUGCAAAAUGAAUAGAGAGAAUAGUGGAACACAGACCCCUUGUUCAAAGACACAGUCACUUUAGGGAAAGAGGAAAAGAACGGGUAGGUGAAUCUUCUCUGGGAUUGCAGGGUUCAGCUCAAUGAAGACUGUCCUGGAUAAAAGAAACUCCUCUAAAUGGUUGAAUUCUUAGCUCUCCAGAGAUUUGAGUUUUCUUUUCCCCAGUCCCUGUGGGUUGCUGUGGGGAAUGUGUCAAACCUAUCAUUUGAGAUAAAAAGUUAUGGUGAGGUAAGCUUCUAGGCUGGGGGAAGGAAGACUUAGUGACUGAAAUGGGGGAUGCUAAGCACUGGGGGGCAGGAAGGAACAAGGAGCUAGUAAUGGAUGUAACAAAUGCUGCAGCUGCCAGCAAAGCCUGGAUUGAACUUCCUUCCUGAAAAUGAGGACCCGGGCAAGAAUGACCACUCAGAUGUAAACAGUGUCUCUGACUGGGAAUUCUCAUCUGCCUGCCGGUGGGCCAGAGCUGAGCAAGUCCUUUCUCUCCUCUGUAUGCACACUGAAUUGGUUAGUAAGUGACAUGUCAGAGGACAGGAAUCAUAUUCAGUGGAUCUUUCAAAUCCAGGAGUUUGAGGCUAAUGAAAUUAGUGUGAGGCCAGGGCUCUGCCAACUAGAAUUAAGUCACUGCAGCCACCCUGCAAUACAUUUUCAGCCUGAAGGGAGCAUCAGGGAGGAAUUUCGGGAGAUUUGUUUCGGAGCCUGUACAAAAUAAUACUCUCCUAAUGCUAAGAAAGAUUAAAUGUAAAUUAAUAUUGACUACGAGUAACAUAUUUAAAAAAUAAUCGCCGAGUGGGGGAUGGCUUAAAGUGGAGAGAUUAUAUAAUAUGGUGGCCAAAGAAUAAAUCUCCUCUGACCACUGUUUCAUGGGCUAUAAGUAAGAUCUAUUACAAUGGAAAGUAAUGGGAACGUUUUUAUUCAAGGCUUCUCUGCUAUUGACUUGAGAGCAAACACUCUGAGAGUAUAAAUUACUCUUGCUAUGUGCUGACUCUGAAUGAACAAUAUUUCAUGUGCAGUGACAUGGUCUAAGCUAUAGACUUGGAAUUGAAUGGCAUCUGUUUCAAUUGUUUUGUUCUCUCAAGAGCAACUAGAUAGAAAAAAGUGGUCAAUUUGACCCUUGUGGGAGCGUGUUGCAAAUCUAAACCUGUGUCCCUCAUACCAUAAAUGAAAUACAUUUGUAAAUUUGUAAGUGUUUUCCUUCUGUUCAUUGAUGCUUGAGUAUAAUCUCAAACU